UCCCUCUGACUAGGACCCCUAGAAGGCUAGAGCCAGACCCAUAUAUGUAGAUGUUACUUUUAUGCUCUGUCUUCUCUUCAGAGGAACUAAACUGAACUGAGUCAGAGAAACAAAAGAAGGUACAACAAAGAGAGAGAGACAUGGAUGUUUCUUUUCUUACCUCAAGAUCAAUCUCUGGUGUCAAAGAGCUUGUCCCCCCAUUCAUCAAAACCAGAAUCUUUUCUUGUUACCCAAGGAGAAACUCCUGCCAGUUUCUCACCAGGAAGGUUGCUUCUCCAAUCUCUGUGAAUUGUUCUCUUUCGGAUUCAUGGAAGCCACUGGAGGAUGAUGCUGAUCUCUUCAAGGACAGUGUUAACAACAGUUCUACAUCAGAUGCUGCUGACUGGAGAGAGUUCAGGGCAAGGCUCGUAGCUGGUGAGCAAGCUGCAACCCCUGAGAAGGACUCGUCACUAUCAUCAUCACUGAUCACAACUGGGAAUAAAUGGGCACACAAGAUACUAGAGCCAGAGACAGGAUGUCUCCUAAUAGCAACAGAGAAGCUAGACGGAGUCCACAUCUUCGAAAAGACGGUGAUCCUACUCCUCUCAGUUGGACCCUCAGGUCCUAUAGGAGUCAUCCUCAACCGUCCCUCGCUCAUGUCAAUCAAGGAGACCACAAAAUCAACGGUCCUAGACAUGGCGGGAACGUUUUCAGACAAGAGCCUCUUCUUCGGUGGACCUUUGGAAGAAGGGUUGUUCCUGGUGAGUCCAAGGAGCGGCGACGAGGUUGAGAAGAGCGGAGCAGCGUUCAAACAAGUAAUGAAAGGAUUGUACUACGGGACGAGAGAGAGUGUAGGGUUGGCUGCAGAGAUGGUGAAGAGGAAGCUGGUGGGGAGAAGUGAGAUGAGAUUCUUUGAUGGGUAUUGUGGUUGGGAGAAAGAGCAGUUGAAAGCAGAGGUGUUGGGUGGGUACUGGACUGUAGCUGCUUGUAGCUUGAGUGUUGUUGAGCUUGGUUCGGUUGUACAAAGUCAAGGUCUUUGGGAUGAGGUUGUUGGUCUUAUUGGACCUCAAACUGGCUCUGUUAUCUAAACUUAUUAAAAGAUCUUUUGACUGACAAAAUGAAAAGUAGCUUUAUCAACAAGAAUCAUCACUUCUCUCUUUUCCUCCCAAACAUUCUUUUUGAGUUUCUUCUAAAUAAACAAAUUUAAAAAAAAAAAAA